UCCUCGGGGCAGGUUGUCUUUGUAGAGUCGGGGAGUCUUUCUUUUCCAGCCGAAAUGCCUCUAUUCGUAAACAAGGAUCAGAUAUUUGCCCAUCAGGUGCACCUGCUGGAGCACAAACUCAGGAGUAAGGAGGAGAAAAUUCUUGAAUUGGAGACAGAAAAUGCAAUUCUGCACUUGAGACUUGCAGAGAGUUUGGGGAAACAGCGUCAGGACAGUGAGGAGGUGAAGACCAUUGGUCACCUUCAUUACCACCGAAAGGACAAAACAUCUCAAGUGGUCGUAACCAAGCUACUUUCUCAAGUUCAGGAGGUGAAGCAGUGCCUGAGUGAGAUAUUUGCUGUAUAUGUGAGCUUUGCCACAGAGUUGGAGGAGCAGAGUCGAAAGCUGCUGGAGAAGGUGGAACAAGCGUCGCGGAACAGUCGUCAUGGAGACGAAAUUCAAAGCCUGCAGGAGCGUGUUGCAGCUCUGGAGUCCUCCCUAGAGGAGGAGCGUGAGCGGUGCAGGGCGGAGAGGGAGCGGAGAAAAGAGCUUCACAACACUGUCGUGGAGUUAAGAGGGAACAUCAGGGUUCACUGCCGGGUCCGUCCAGUUUUACCCUUUGACCACGUCCAGGCUGGAGCUGGAGCAUCAGAGGAGGUGAUCCAUGCAGUCAGUGAUGACACUUUGCUUGUCAACCCACUGAAGGCUGGUCCACUGGGACAAACCAAGUUGUUUGAGUUUGAGAGGGUUCAUGGGCCAGACGACUCUCAGGAGCUGGUGUUUGAGGAAGUGCGGCCUCUCCUCACGUCUCUCUUAGAUGGAUAUAACGUGUGCAUCAUGGCGUACGGGCAGACGGGCAGCGGAAAGACUCACACCAUGUUGGGAUCUCAGCAGGAGCUGCAAAAGAAGCAGCAGGGAAUCAUCCCUCAGGUUGCUGAAGAACUCUUCAGGUUGAUAUCGGAGAAGCCGUCCGAGAACCACACGGUGGAGGUUUCUGUUGUGGAAGUGUACAACAACGAAGUGUUUGACCUGCUGGCGAAAGGCGAGCAGGGAACUGUGUCGAGUCACCACCGAGACGUCAUCACGACCUCAGCUGGCCACAGUGAGGUCACGUCACUCACCAACCAGUCUGUCUCAAACGCCAGCGAAGUGAUGCAGAUCAUCCACAGUGUUCUGAAGCUGCGGGCUCACUGUCCCACUCUCAUCCACACCGACUCAUCCCGCUCCCACCUCAUCGUCACCCUCACCAUCUCCUCUAAGAGCCCCAAUGCUCUUGCUCUAGCACGGAGGCUCCAGAGAGCCAAGAAGGACAUGCAGCGUUCCCGCCAGAAGGAGUGGUGGAGUCCGCGCUGUGGCCGUGCCAACCCUGCUGACCACUCAGAUGAGCACCUCUUGGCCAGCUCGGCCUCCUCCCCAAGUCCUUCUCCAUCACACUCCCCCUGUCCCUCCCCGAGACCCAGCGUUCUGCAGGCGCCCUUCAAGACCCAGCUACAGCUGGUGGAUCUGGCUGGAAGCGAAUGCGUCGGGAUGUCUGGAGCGUCAGGUGCGGCUCUGUGGGAGGUCUCCUGCAUCAAUCGAAGCCUUUCAGCUCUGUCUGAUGUCCUGGCUGCUCUGGCGGAGCAGAGACCUCAUGUGCCCUACAGGAACAGCAGACUCACUCACUUGCUGCAGAACGCUAUUGGUGGAGACGCAAAGCUGCUGGUGAUGCUGUGCGUCUCUCCGACCCAGCGUUUCCUGACCGAGUCCCUGCAGUCCCUGAGCUUCGGUGCCCGCGCCCGUCAGGUGCAGCGGGAUCAGCCUCGCAAGAAAAGCCACACCCUCAGAGCUAAGUGAGGAAGCACCAACAUUGUAGUUGCUUUGUUUGUGAGCAUCCAGAGCAGCCUUAAACUUCCUCUGCAGUCAUCACACUUCAUUCAUUUGUUUGUCUUCAUCAGUUUAACAGGAGUUGGGGCCAAUAAUGUUCAGAUUUAUUACUGCAAUUUGAAUCAUAUUGAUUGGAAUUUCACAUGAAGUUCUCCUCUUUGCUGAAGAAACAAGAUUUAUGUGUUGUUCAAUACAUUGUAUCAUAGUGAUGUUUCAGUUUUUGCUUUCAUUCAUUGAUCACUGUCAUAUUUAACAGUUGGUCUGCAGUUAUGUUUCAAUAUUAUUGCACACUAACAUAUGGUCUUUUUUUGUGUUGAGGUAGCAUCUUUGUUCAUAUUUCUUGUGUCGCUCCAAGGCCUUGUCAGAGCUGUAGAACU